ACCCGUGACCAUGUGAUGGAGUGGCAACGCUACCGCGAUUCGCACGAAUUGGGCUCGAACCCCUCAGACGAUGCUGAUGCAACCGGUUCCGGCCAGAUUGAAACUUCACACCAUUCAAAUCGGAAUGAGCUCAUCGUUGGAUUCAUUCAUUAA